CCCACCAUACACUAUAGUUUAGGGGACAAUGUAGAGGACUUUGUUGGACGUGUAGGGAAUCUGACUGAACCUACGUUUAGAGUACAUGACCAUAUAGUGGUUCUUGUUGGAGCCAGUCUAACAACAAUCACGAUAAAAUUUAGACUCUUGUUGGAGCCAGUCUAACAACAAUCGCGGUAAAAUUUAGAUUGUCUUUCUCCUCUGUUUGUGGCGCACUCGCUGCCGCUCGCUAUCCAUAGUUGUUGACUCACGCAUCGUCUCUUUCCAUUCACUCACGCGCUUGCUCUCGUGCCUGACCAGCGACCUCAGGAACCUCCCUAUGGGCACCGUCUCCUCCAUCGGCCUCUCUGUCUUCGCCACCUUCAGCGCCGACGAGGUGGCCAUGCUCGAGACGCUUGUCCUGCUCCCCGGCCAGGACGCCGAAAUUGCACGGGAAUCCUCCAGGCGCAGAGCAAGGUCUUCAUGCUGCCUAGUUCCGCUUCCGCGGGCGCACCGUCACCACCGCCUGGUUCUGUCUCCGUCGUCGGUCAGGGUCUGCGUUCGUGGCCCUGGGACUAGGAGCACAUGGUGCAGACAACAAGUGAGAACAUUGCUGAAGCCGACGCGUGCAAGGUAUUUGAGGAAAUGCCAAGCUGAUGCGAGAACACUACUAAACGCAAGCAUCCACGCGUUUUAAUUGAUUUGUCAUCAGUUCGUCAUUAUAUUCUUAAUAUUUAAGUAGUGUGGCUUAGAAAAAUGGCAUAGACAAAAUGAUAGUAUAUCUAAAAGCUACUUAUACAAUUUCAGAACGAGUUAAAGAAUUUAAAUUUUAACUAAUAUGUCUAAAAUAUUUGUUGGCAUAAUGUUUAUACGUUCCAAAAUAUCUAUUAUUGAAUAAUUAUUAAUUUCUUCAUUUUGUAUUGCAGUACGUUGAAUCCAAGUGCAAUAUAAAAAAUGAAUAAAUAAGGUAGUUUGUGUAUUUUGUUAUCAUGGUAGAUUUAAAAAACCGAAUUUAGAGGUCGUUGCUGUACAUGAAGAAGAUAUAGAAAACAUAAUCUUUUAAAAUGUGUUGUAAACAGUGUUAUUAAAAAGGCGCUUGAGCGCCUUUUAAGCGCUACUGAGGUAGUAAAGCGUCGUACGUUUCAUAAAUCAACUUAAAAGUUCUCGUUUUAAGCGCUAAAGCGCCACUUUUUAGCGUUGGCCAUACUCGCUUCUUGUCAUGCUCAAGUUCGGCACCGCCACAACCUCCCUAUGCUACUCGGCGCUCGCCUCCACCGCUCCGUAUCUGACUAUCUGCCCUCUGCUCAGCGCUCGUGCUCGCCACUCCAGUGCUCCAGCUCGCUAUCCCUUUGCUGCUCAUGCUCGCCACUACCUCCUUGCUCUCAUCCUUCUCCCCCCUUCCCUGCUGAUCUGCUCAUAUUCUCCUCUGAUUUUGGUUAUGAUGAUGAAGCAACAAACAAUCUCCUCUGAUUUUGGUUAUAAUGAUGAAGCAACAAACAAUAGUGUUGGCUUUGGUGAUGAGUAAGACAAAGACAAGAAUGAUGGUGGUAUAGAUGAUUUGGAUGAUGGUUAUUGAGAUAUGAUAGAGCGAGAUUGAGUAACGCUUGUGUGCUUGCAACUGCGGACAUUGCAUUCCCUUCAGUUGCUUUUGUGCUAUAUUUGUGUCUUUGUGGUUGUGGACAUUGCAUUCUACUUUAGUUGCUUUUGUGCUAUGAUUGUGAUUGUGGACUAUUGCACAUUUCAUUCUACUUUGUUUAUGGUUGUUUACUUGAUAGUUGCUAUUAGUUGAACACUUGAACUUGUGUUAUCGUGGAUUUGCAGUAGUGUGGUUACAGACAUGUUACAUUAUUAUGUGAAAUUUUGUUAUAUUCAUAUUUUUCCAUGUUGUUUAAAAAUACGUUUUAAAGCUCACUUAAACGUUUUAAAGUUUAAAAGUUCUCAUGAGCGCUUCAGCGCUUUAUCGCUUUAAUAAUCUUGGCUUUAAAGGAUAUGGAAUUUUUCUUUAGAGAACAAAAUUUAGAGGACGUUGCUGGAGACUUUCUAGAGCUCUAUAUCGUUAGCAUGCUCAAUGGGGUGUUUGGAUGACUCUAGAUUCUAGCUAUAGUUUAUAAUAUCAAUUUAACUAGUUUUAAAAAUAUUUUUAAUCUAAAUAAUAAAUAAAAUGACUUAUCUAAAUAUCUUUUAAAUGUUUACAACUCCACGAUUUUCUGGACAUCUAAUAAUCCACCAAAAUUUCUAGAGCUGGACCUGUUCUAAACAGGACCUUAGUAGACCUUUUUAGGUAGAAUUUCUAUUCAACUUGUAUAUAGAACGUGCCCAUGGAAAUCCUCUGCGCAAACAACCUUACAGAACUAUAAUAAACAAAUGACAAGGUGGUCAUAAAACUUUAGUGCCGAUAAUGAUUAGCCAGAUUGCGCCCUUACAAAUUAAAGCAUUAUAGUAACCAAAUCUUUUAUUUGCCUGGUACUGUGUUCUGUUGGUCAACUCUAUGAUAAGAUGAUUACCCACACCGUACUAUAUAUAUUGCCUGAUGCUUUGUUUCCCUUUAGCCCAUUACUCGUAUCGUAUCCUUCCUCUAUUCUUGACAUGGAACUUGAGCUUAGUCUGGGGGAUUCUAGAGCUCCAGCAAAGAGCGCUUCCACGCCUGCUGCACUGACUCCUAUACACGCAGGUGCGGGAGGAGAAGGCCAUGAGCUUGCGCUGGAGCUAGGAGUAGGAGCUGCCAAAAGAGCUGAACAAGACAACCAAAAGACACCCGUGCAACCAGAACAUGUGCAGGAAGAAGAAGAAGAGGAAGAAACAUGCCCAUACAGCGAGUCACCUGCCGAGCUGAGCCUCAUCGGCUGCCCUUUGCUGCCUGCGGCCUCAGCAGAAAUAGGGUCCGUGAAUUCUUCAGAGGUGUGCGUGCGACGAGGAUUUGGUGUGGACGCUGUUCUCGUGGAUGGAGGAGACGCAGCACAAGGAAGACCGGCUUUGUCGACUUCGUUCUUGCCUUCGGAGUUUCUCGUUCGGCGGCAGGCUGAUGAUCAAGAAGCUGCUGCAGAGGAUGAGGAGAUGAGUGGGGUUGGCGGGGGAGCGAGGAAGAAGCUGAGGCUGUCCAAGGAGCAGUCUGCGUUCCUGGAGGAUAGCUUCAAGGCGCACAGCACACUGACCCCAAAACAGAAGAGUGAUUUAGCGAAGCGGCUGAAACUUCGACCGCGCCAGGUGGAGGUCUGGUUCCAGAACAGAAGAGCAAGAAGUAAGCUAAAGCAGACGGAGGUGGACUGCGAGUACCUGAAGCGUUGGUGCGAGAAGCUAGCGCAGGAGAACCGGAGGCUGCAGAGGGAGGUGGCGGAGCUGCGGCGUCUUUGCUCCGCCGCCUACCCGUUUUACGGUGCAGCAGCAGGGUUCGGCGUGGCCACAGCCCGAGUGUGCCCUAGCUCAUGCGAUAACGACGUCAGCGAGGCUGCUAUCAGUGGCGCUCCAUCAGCAGCGGCACCACCGCCAUCCACCUUGUUCGCCAGCUGGCCUCCUCAUUUCGGACCCUUCACCGUCGUCGUCCCCCCACUGCUCCGCCGGCAGCCGUCGGCGACGACCUCGUGAUACGUACGUACGGGUGGUGCCGAUGGAAAAAACUAGCUCUCACCUCAUCAAUGGCGUAUAGUGUACUGUGCAUGCAUGCAUGUAUGUAAAAAGGUAGGUAUAUGCUUAAUUUGUACGUAAUUAAAAAACGUAGUGGACAAACAAAUUGAACACGAAUUAAUUGGUAUAUAUGAUGCUUCUCGUGUGGUUGCGUAUAUAAUAAUUGACUCUGCUGCAUGCGGAGCUUUUGCA